AUGCUUACUUUAACAGUUGAUAUACGCAAAGCUUUCCUUGCAAAAAGAAAACGCCUCGAAAUAUACACCAAGUCCUCUCUGAAGACAAGCCACCAGAAGAUGGAGCAGAUAUGGAAAGCACAACAGAGUGACAGACACAAAUUGACAGAGAACUACAGCACACAAUUCAGUGUGGUUUUUCAGCAGUGGGACUCUGAUGUGCAGAAAUCCAAGGAUCAGGAUGAAAAACUCUCGAGCUUGUUCCGGCAGCAGCAGAAGAUAUUCCAACAAAUGAGGGCUGCACAAGGACAGAGGCUGAAGACUAUCAAGCAGCUCUUUGAGCAGUACAUUCAAAGUCUAGAGGAGUUGGAGAAGAGACACCACGACCACCACAGUAAAUUUCACACAGAGUUACGCCAGGAGAUGACUCUGCUGCAGAAGAAGAUCCUCAUGGAUACACAACAGCAAGAGAUGGCCACAGUGCGCAAGUCAAUACAGACCAUGCUCCUGUAA